AGUCCAGGUGGGUGCCCCUAAAAUCUGAUUGGAGAAGGUCCGCAGGGCUCCGUGAGGAAGUAGGCGUUUCUUCUACUAAUACUCAGUGUGAGGUCAAACAUCAGACGCUUUAUAAAGCCAGAUUUCUGUUAUUUGGUGCUCACCAAAGGGAUAUUUCAGACAGAGGAGGUGCACUGACAAUGUGGGCGUCUGUUGUGCUGUUGGUGUUGCUGGCAGUGGCUUCACACACUGCGGCGAAGCCUAGAAACCGUUUCACUCGCUAUCCAUCAUGGAACAAUAAGAUGUACCCGAUCUGGAAAGAUGGAGACCCACGAUACAAAGACUCCUGGAAAGGUGGAAGAGUGACUUUCAAUGUGGGGAACGAUUCGCCGACUCUGACUGCAGCCAAAGUGACUUUUACAAUCGACUUGGAGUUCCCACACAACCAGAAGGUGCAGCCUAAUGGAGACGUUGUUUGGGCCGAAGACUGCAUAGUCAACGGGACAAAGUACCAGGAGUCUGAGCCAGUAUACCCAGCUCAGAACACAGACUGGGAGGCUGUUUUCCCUGAUGGGACACCAGUUAAAAAGGACAAGAAGCCGGCCUACGUGUUUGUCUGGAAGACCUGGGGUCAGUACUGGCAGGUGGCAGACGGCCCCUCUUCCUCCCUGACAAUCAAUACGGAUGACAUCCCACUGGGCUCCUACACCAUGGACAUCGUUAUCUACCACUACCGUAGCAAGGAGAAGUUCAUUCCUCUGGGAUACGCCUCCAAUCAGUUCUCCAUCACUGAUCAAAUCCCCUUCGCUGUCUCUCUGGACCAAGUGAACGACAUCAUGGCCGGGGACAUGCACUUCAUCCAGAACAGGGCGAUCGCCUUCUCCAUCACCCUCCACGACCCCAGCCAGUACCUCAGCAACGCAGACAUCACCUUCAACUGGGACUUUGGCGAUCAAAGUGGAGCCCUGAUAUCCAGAGAGCUGACUGUCACUCACACCUACAUCAACUCUGGCUCCUUCAAGCCUCAGGUGGUGAUCCAGGCGGUCAUCCCAGAUAAGGCCUGCGACCCACCAGUUAAUCUCCCAACCAAAGCCCCUGGUCCACCUACUCAUCAGGGCACCACAGUGAUAGCUGCUACACUGGCGUCUGCUGUCCCCAUACUGGUUUCCACCAAGGCAACUGGUACAACUGUAAACAUGGUUCCUUCGGACACAGAGGAGGACAACACUGAGGAUGAGGCCUCUACUGCCCCCAACACUCAGCCUGCCCCGGAAGCACCCACAGUGGCCAAAACUCCCUCCCCCAUCAACGGUGACAUGCCAGCUCACAGUGAGGCAAAGACAGGUGCAAAGCGACCAGUGACCCUGACGGGCCAAGCGACUGUGGUAGUCGUUGCUAAGAGGGACGCUGAUGACAAACCCUCCGACGAUGACUGCGUCAUAUACCGUUAUGGCUCCUUCUGCACUGGCAUCGAAGUGUUUGAGGCCAUUGAAAAAGUAGAGAUUGUACAAAUGGACAACACUGUGAUGGCAACACCGGACAUGGACAGAAACGUGUUGGAUAUCACUGUUACCUGCCAGGGAAGCUUUCCCAAAGAGGUGUGCAGCGUGAUUCUGGAUGCAGAGUGCUUGAGGCCAAUUCACACGGCGUGCAACAUGGUGGAGCCCUCCAAAGAGUGCCAGCUGGUGUUGCGUCACUUCUUCAAUGACUCUGGUGUCUACUGCAUCAACGUGUCCAUGGCCAACGACGUCAGUUUAGCUGUCACCAGUGCCAAAGUCAACGUCGACAUAGGUUCAGGUCUGUCCUCUCCUGGCACCAUCGCCAUGGUGUUGGGUGCCUUGGUACUUGUUCUAGCAGUAGGAAUAGUGGCAUAUUCUUACAAGCGCUUUAAGUCCUACCGUCCUCUGAAAGAAGACCUGAUAGCGUCUGCAGGCCCGCAGGUGGGCCGGGCUCCUGCCUGCUCUGGAGCCUCUGUGUUCUGGAAGCUUCUGAACAGACGGGGAGCUGUGGACAACUGCCCUCUGCUGCAGGACCGACCUGUGUGAACCAGCCUCACACCAUAAAAUGCAACACCAAGAAACUUAUGAUUCCAAGUUUUUUGCACCUGAGAUGUCUUUUACAUAGUUUCUAAAUGACAAACUCAGUGUGAAAUAUUUAGGUGUUCAAAUCAAAAUAUUUUUUUUUCUUGAAUUACACAUUACACUUUAGACAUGCUCUGAUCUUUUGUACCUACAAAGUUGGUAGUAAAAGUGUAUACUUUCAUUUUGACAAAACUGAAUUUUUCCAAUAAACGUUGCUCAAAACA